AUGGUGAUGAAGGCUUUCCCCCUUUCCCUGUUAGCGGCAACCACUGUGUUAUUACUGCUGCUUCCUGUUCCCGCACACUCUGACUGCCUCAAUGGUACGAUGUUGUACUUGCAACCAACGGAGUUCGGCAAAUCGAAGCACAUAAUCACCUUUAAAGGCACGAAAUGGGACGAAAUUGUCAUAAGUGAUGAAGCGAAGUUGAGGAAGUCACUUUUGCUCGACAUUUACUUGCAAACGCAACGGGAGUACGCCGUCAACACCACCGUUACCAUCAACAAUAUGAAAGUGAGAGAGGGGGAAAUGGAAGUUGAAGUGACCGUUACACAAGUUGCAUUGGCUGAUGACCCCACGCCUGAGUUGCAGCAUGUGUGGAAUCCCAGUGAGGCCAACUCUAUGAUAAUGCAGGGAAAAUUUGAACACACAAAAAGCACGUACAAACCCCAUGGGGAUGUUGAACUCAUUACCGUCAGACUUCCUUUGGUUCCCCCGGGUCCGCCAUUAUGUGGCACGAGCUGUCAAAUUCUUAGAGGUGUGGUGGCCGUGUCUCUCGCUGCUAUGACCAUAAUAGUUAGUGUGACGGCGUACAUUUGGAUUUAUUCGCAUUUCCGGCGUCCGAAACUUGAAGAAAGGGAUUAA